UCAGCGCCGUCACGGUCAUUUUCCCGAACUGCUCUUCAUUCUGGCACAGAUCGAGGACCAAACUGUCCCCUCUGGGUCCGCUGACGUAAAGCUGGAUCACCAUGCUGCUGCCUCCUCGGGUGGGAUGAGACACUUGGUUCGAGUAGAACAGUUCUUUCUGAUCUGGCUUUUUUCAUGAGACCUCCUCCAAGCAGAAGUCACGUGAUUUCUCUGAACUAUGGACGAGAUCAUAACUCACCUAACGAAGACAUCUGGAGACUGAACAAGCAAACAUGGGCUUCUGGAAUUCUAAACCCGCUGUGACCAACACGACCAUCAAGAACACAUCGACUGAGACACCGACCAGAACCGACAUUACCCGAACUGCUGAGGAGAAAUGCUACGACCCGAAAGACCCCAACCUGGAGUUUGUGGAGCGAGAGGACGAGAUGGACGUCUUGUGCGUGGGCUACAAGUCUCCAAGAGCGCUGAUGUCCUGUGGUCACUCCGUCACCCCCAUGUCACUCACAAGUUACUGCCGUCAUUUAUUGGAAGAGGGGCGCAGCAGGUUUGUGUGUGCUGUGUGUGAGGAAGAAUGGUCCUUCCAGGAGGUUCAGAAAAUGGCUCUUUUAACUCCUCAAGAGGCUGAUGACUUUAAGAAGAUGAUGUGGGAAAACUAUAAAGAGGAAUUUGAAGUCAAAUCUUGUCCAGGCUGCAAGUCUUCUUUCCUGAGAACCAACCCCAACAACCUCAGUGUGAAAUGCACAGUUUGCAGUGCUGGUAGAGUUGGGAGCUUCAUCUUCUGCUGGCAGUGUUUGAGGGAGUGGAGAGGUCCAGCUCCUCGAGCAGACUGUUGUGACAACGAAGGUUGCAACACAACACCCCUGGAGACACUGAAGAACUGUCCAGACAUUGUCUUUCAACAUUCAGGUUUAGCCAAGGUCACUGGUUGCCCUUCAGUGCGGGCCUGUCCCACAUGUGGUGUCCUGGUGGAGCACAACUCAAAUUAUUGUAAGUCCAUCACCUGUGACCGCUGUAAAGUACCCUUUUGUUUUAUCUGCCUGAAAAUGAAAGAAAAGUGUUACGCAACAAGCCGUCCUUACAGACCGUGUUGUGAUGGUGUGGCUCCAAGACAAAGCUUCAUUCCUGCACAGCAGAAAACAUAAAAUGAGGCCAAACAUAAUGGCAAUAAUUGGCUUUUGUUUCUUUUUUUCUUGUCGACUUUCUUGUCAUUGUCUGAUUCUUUUUAAAUGGACAGAGACCAACCUCUGUCACAAACAGGGGUUUCAGUCUGGUGCAGUAAUACAUUUACCUUUGUACAUUUUUUUA